CUGAGGCCCCCGGUGGGAAAGGGAAGGUCGUUAGCAGCUAUGAAAAGUGAGGAUCAAGAAUGGUUGCCGUUGAAUCUAAGUAAGGGGAGGACGCAAGACAGAAAUCUGGGGGGUUAUGGGCCCGGCGAGGACGUUACUUGUCACCGGUGAGCCGAGAGCGAGAAUUACGGGAUCACCUGGGUUCGAAGAUUACAAACACCUGCAGCAAAAUUUUCCAUCCACCGACCGUACGGGGGCGGGGGAGGGGAUGCGGGAGCGCGGGAAAGAGCACUUCUCGAAGCCAUUGGUCGCGCCCCCUCCCCGUGGGGCAGCGGCCGACCGGACCCCGCCCCCGCGCCGUGGGUGGACACCGGCCCGGCACCUCCCAGCUGUCAGUCAGAGGCCCGGUCGCUCCCCGCCCCCCGCCUGACACGCACUUCGGGGCCGCCCUCGCCCCCGCCCCGCGUCAGGCAUCGCCGGCUUCAGUCACAACACGGGCCGGCUACCUGGGUGCGCCUGGGCCGGCAGCUGCGGGCCCGGCGCCGGCGGGCGGCGCUGAGGGGUCGCUGGGAGGGGCUCGGCGGCGUCUGUUGGAGCCGUUCCCUCGGUGGGCCGCCGGCGAGGGCAUGAGCGCGGGCUCCCCGUGCCUCCGGAGUGGCGGCGGGAGUGGCGAGGGCAGGAGGCGCCGCGCAGAGGCCACCGUCCAGGGCAGCGCCGGGGGCCAGCAGGGCAGGAGAUGUGCCUGUCCUUAGAGGCACAGGAAGCAGCAUGCACCCCGAUGCCACCGACAGCAGCGGCGCCGGCCUCAGCCCCGCGCCGGCCACAGGCGCCGGCGGCCGUCCUAGCCCGGGCGCCAGGGACGAACGGCGGCGGGAGUCCCGGGGGGACGCGGAGGCGGCGGCGGCGGUGCCGAGGGACCCGGGCGGCAGGAGCUGGCGAGUGGCCGUGGCCGUGGCCGCAGUCGCUGCCGUGGCCCUCUCCUUUCUGGCGCCCGGCUGCUGGGAGACGGCUGGAGGCGCGGGGCCGUGCACCGUCCUGCUCCGGCUCACCCUGUACCUGAGCUGCGCCGCGGCCGCCUUCCUGCUGGGGACCCUGUUAGCUCUGGUCUGCCGGAGCCGGCGAGCCCCUCCGCCCGACUUCGUCGCUACCUGGAGCCGCCUGGCCGCGGCCGUCCGCCUCCGGCCGGAGAGUCCUAUAUGUGGAAACUCACAGGAGACAGUUCAAUCUAGAAGGGUAGUAAUUUCUCAUAACAUGGAUAAAGCUCUGAAAGAAGUGUUCGACUACAGUUAUAGAGAUUACAUUCUGUCCUGGUAUGGAAACCUCAGCAGAGAUGAGGGACAACUUUACCAUCUGCUCUCAGAAGACUUUUGGGAAAUUGCCAGGCAGCUACGCCAUAGACUGAGUCACGUGGAUGUGGUUAGAGUUGUCUGCAAUGAUGUUGUGAGGACUUUACUCACUCAUUUCUGUGACCUCAAAGCUGCUAAUGCCAGACAUGAAGAACAGCCGAGGCCUUUUGUGUUACAUAUGUGCUUGAGGAACUCAGAUGAUGAAGUAAGAUUCCUGCAAAUGUGUUCUCGGGUCCUGGUGUUUUGUCUGCUCCCCUCAAAGGAUGUCCAGUCUCUCAGCUUACGUAUAAUGCUUGCAGAAAUUCUCACAACAAAAGUCUUGAAGCCAGUAGUGGAAUUACUGAGCAAUCCAGAUUACAUUAACCAAAUGCUGCUUGCCCAGUUGGAGUACAGAGAACAGGUGAAUGAACAUCACAAGAGAGCCUACACUUAUGCGCCUUCUUAUGAAGAGUUCAUCAAGCUUAUUAACAGCAACUCUGAUGUGGAGUUCUUGAAGCAACUAAGGUAUCAAAUUGUAGUGGAAAUAAUCCAAGCAACUACAAUUAGCAGCUUUCCUCAACUGAAGAGGCACAAGGGUAAAGAGACUGCUGCAAUGAAAGCUGAUCUCCUGAGGGCCAGGAAUAUGAAAAGGUAUAUUAACCAGCUGACUGUGGCAAAGAAGCAAUGCGAGAAGAGAAUCAGAAUCCUGGGAGGUCCUGCCUAUGACCAGCAAGAGGAUGGGACAUUGGAUGAGGGUGAAGGGCCUCCAAACCAGAAGAUUCUUCAAUUUGAAGACAUCUUGGCCAAUGCUUCUUACCGAGAGAACUUUCACUUAUACAUGGAAAGGAUAGACAAGAGAGCUCUGAUUGGUUUUUGGGAGGCUGUAGAACAUUUAAAGAGUGCUAACAAGAAUGAAAUUCCACAAUUAGUUGGUGAAAUUUAUCAGAAUUUCUUUGUGGAAAGCAAAGAAAUAGCUGUGGAAAAAUCACUUUACAAAGAAAUCCAGCAGUGUCUUGUGGGAAACAAAGGUAUUGAGGUGUUCUACAAAAUCCAAGGAGAUGUUUAUGAGACCCUAAAGGAUAGGUAUUACCCUUCAUUUAUUGUCAGUGACCUGUAUGAGAAAUUGAUGAUAAAAGAAGAAGAAAAACAUGUUUCACAGCUGAUUUCUAACAAGGAUGAAAUGGGCCCAGGAGUUGAGGCUGGUGAGGAAGCUGCAGAUGAAGGCACCAGUCGGAUUAAUGAACAAGCCAGUUUUGCUGUAAACAAACUCCGAGAACUAAAUGAGAAACUUGAAUACAAAAGGCAAGCUCUAAAUUCUAUUCAAAAUGCACCAAAACCUGACAAGAAGAUUGUUUCCAAGUUGAAGGAUGAAAUCAUUCUCAUAGAGAAAGAACGCACAGACCUUCAGCUGCACAUGGCGAGAACAGACUGGUGGUGUGAAAACCUCGGCUUGUGGAAAGCUUCCAUCACCAGUGGAGAGGUUACAGAAGAGAAUGGUGAGCAAAUGCCUUGUUACUUUGUCAUGGUAAGUCUACAAGAAGUUGGAGGAGUUGAAACUAAGAACUGGACAGUCCCAAGAAGGCUCAGUGAGUUUCAGAAUUUACACCGGAAACUUAGUGAGUGUGUCCCUUCUUUAAAAAAAGUCCAGUUGCCUUCUCUUAGCAAGCUGCCUUUCAAAUCUAUAGAUCACAAGUUUAUGGAAAAGUCAAAGAAUCAACUAAAUAAGUUUUUACAGAAUAUACUUUCAGAUGAAAGACUGUGUCAGAGCGAAGCACUUUAUGCCUUUUUGAGCCCUUCUCCUGACUACCUCAAGGUUAUCGAUGUGCAGGGGAAAAAACCCAGCUUUUCAUUAUCCUCAUUUUUAGAAAGACUUCCUCGUGACUUCUUCUCCCACCAGGAGGAGGAGACGGAGGAGGACAGUGACCUAUCAGACUAUGGUGAUGAUAUGGAUGGGAAGAAAGACUCCUUGGCUGAACCAUGUUUCAUGUUGAUUGGGGAGAUUUUUGAACUUCGAGGAAUGUUUAAAUGGGUGAGAAGAACAUUAAUUGCUCUUGUUCAGGUCACUUUUGGAAGAACCAUCAACAAACAAAUCCGGGAUACAGUGAACUGGAUUUUCAGUGAGCAAAUGUUGGUUUACUACAUCAGUGUUUUCCGUGAUGCUUUUUGGCCAAAUGGGAAGUUGGCACCACCGACCACAAUCAGAAGUGAACAACAAAGUCAGCAGACAAAACAGAGAGCACAGCAAAAGCUACUUGAAAACAUUCCAGAUAUGCUUCAGAACCUUGUUGGACAGCAAAAUGCCCGCCAUGGCAUAAUAAAAAUAUUCAACGCACUGCAAGAAACAAGAGCUAAUAAGCAUCUGUUGUAUGUGCUGAUGGAGUUGCUGCUGAUUGAACUGUGUCCUGAGCUGAGGACUCAUCAUGCAGACCAUCUCAAAGCUGGCCAAGUUUAAGACUGCACAAAUAAACCCCCAGAGAAAUGUCUGUGUCAUAAUAGACAUGAAACAUUUUCCUCUUUUCCGCAGAGGGCUUGACUGAGAAGCAUACGGCUUUUAUUUUAGUUACCUCCUUCUAGUUUUAUGAGAAAUAAGCAGAAUUAGGAGGAGGGGGAAAUAAUGCUGUAAUAGGUAACAUGAAGAACAAUCCUUCUGUUUAUUGAUUUUUUAAAUUUAAAUAAUAACAAAGUUCAAUAUACUGAUUGAAAUACAAAUGUUAAUAUGUGAUAAGAACCUAGGAAAUAUUUUAAAUAUUUAUGAGAACAGUUUUGUUUUAAAAUGAAGAACUAUUAAUAUUGUACAGGUAACUUCCUCACUGAGGAUUCUGAACAUUCCUGUAUUAUUUCAUGUGUACUGAAGAACAUUGUUGUGCAAUGCUUUGUGUAAAGUUAUUGUGAAAAUUUUAUUGUUUUUAUUUUUACCAAAGAUUUCCCAUAGUUUGAAGCAUUUGAAGCAAUAAAAUACAAAAAAUGAA